AAUUAGUUGCGCGGCAAGAUUUUUAAGAACCCAAGGCCAGCCUCGGUCGCUACUUACCCACCUUAGUUUCACCUCUCCUGAUUUUCAACCAUCAGCCGACCAAAAUGCGUCGACUUCGAAUUAGCGCCACCCCUGGUACGGCGUUUCUGCAAUCUUCUUCUAUUUUUAACUCCUCUUCUUCUUCUUCCAAUUCCAAUUCCAAUUCCAAUUUAUUCAACAAAGUAAUCACUUCCAAAAACCUCCAUUUUCGACGCUUCAAUUUCUCUUCCCUUCGCUGCUUUUCUUCUUCGGCUAUGGCUGCCACCCCUAUCGAACGUAUCAAAGUUCAGAACCCUAUUGUUGAAAUGGAUGGUGAUGAAAUGACGAGAAUUAUAUGGAAAUUGAUCAAAGAUAAGCUUAUUUUUCCAUUUGUGGAUUUGGAUAUUAAAUACUAUGAUCUGGGAAUUCUUAAUCGCGAUGCAACGGAUGAUAAGGUCACUGUGGAAAGUGCAGAAGCCACCCUCAAGUAUAAUGUUGCAGUUAAAUGUGCCACAAUUACUCCUGAUGAAACCAGAGUCAAAGAAUUUGGGCUGAAGUCCAUGUGGAGAAGUCCCAAUGGCACAAUCAGAAACAUAUUGGAUGGGACUGUUUUCCGUGAGCCAAUCUUGUGUAAGAACAUUCCGAGGAUUGUUUCUGGCUGGACGAAACCCAUUUGUAUUGGCAGACAUGCUUUUGGUGAUCAAUAUCGAGCCACUGAUACACUCAUCCCAGGCCCUGGAAAGCUUAAAUUGGUAUUUGUCCCAGAGGAUGGAAAGAAUCAUGUGGAACUUGAUGUGCACGACUUUAAAGGGCCUGGAGUCGCAUUGGCAAUGUAUAACAUUGAUUCGUCAAUUCGAGCUUUUGCUGAUUCAUCAAUGUCGUUGGCCUUUGCAAAGAAGUGGCCACUUUACUUAAGUACCAAAAAUACUAUCCUCAAAAAGUAUGAUGGAAGGUUUAAAGAUAUAUUUCAGGAGGUAUAUGAAGAGAAGUGGAAGCUGAAAUUUGAAGAACACUCAAUAUGGUAUGAGCAUCGCCUGAUUGAUGAUAUGGUUGCUUAUGCAUUAAAAAGUGAAGGUGGAUAUGUUUGGGCAUGUAAGAACUAUGAUGGAGAUGUCCAGAGCGAUUUACUUGCACAAGGUUUCGGAUCUUUGGGUUUGAUGACAUCUGUGCUGCUGUCUUCUGAUGGUAAAAUUUUAGAAGCAGAGGCUGCUCAUGGGACCGUAACACGACACUUCCGGCUGCAUCAGAAAGGUCAAGAAACAAGCACUAAUAGUAUUGCUUCUAUAUUUGCUUGGACACGUGGACUAGAGCAUAGAGCAAAGCUUGAUGAAAAUCAGAAUUUGCUGGACUUUGUUCAAAAAUUGGAAAGGGCAUGCAUAGAGACCGUUGAAUCAGGGAAAAUGACCAAAGAUCUGGCUUUACUGGCUCAUGGGCCGAAGGUUACUAGAGAAAACUACCUGAAUACUGAAGACUUCAUUGAUGCAGUUGCACAGAAUCUUGUUGCAAAUAUUGGAGUAUCAUCACAUUAGAAUAGUGCAUUUUUGGUUGUAUGUAGACGCUCAUGCAAUGAGGCCAUAGCUGAUCAGUUUAUGGUUCUUUGUGAAGACAUUAAAUUGCAACAUGCUGUCAUAAUGAGAAUUAUAAUUUUGGUUUUCACCAAAAAAAAAUAAAAAUAAAAAUAAAAAUAAAAUUGGUUGAGUCA